AUAACGUAGAUUGAUGUUUAUAUUUAAACAUUUAUUAAUUAUAGAUACUUUUGUAAAAAGGACGUUAUAUGAUAAAUAUUAUUGUAAAAGUAAUAGUCAAUAUUCUUAGGAAUAAAUAAUUGUAUAUGUGUUAUCCAUAAUGUUAUACUCGUAUUUUCAGUGUCUUUGUUAAAAUUGUAAAUAGUGCUUUUAAUUAAUGACUAUCUAAAUAAUUAAAAAUGCCGAAGAUUCCCUACAAGGUUGAAAAACAAAAUGAAGAGGAUGACUAUGAGAUUGUUUCGUUUGAAGAUUUUUGUGACAGACCUCCCACUGCGAAAGAAGAUUUAUUGACUCUUAAUGAUAAUAUUAACUAUCGCUUAUUUUAUGAAAGUGGAAAGGAAAUUAAAUUAAGGGAUGCUGGAGAAGGAUCUGGUACAAAUGAGAUAUUAACAGAAACAUCACUGAAUGGUCCUAAGGCUCCGAACAAAAAAAAGACGACAUUUGCGCCGUUCUGUAAAAGUGACAAAUCACGCAGGGUACCUUUAUUUAGCGGCAUUAAACCUAAAACAAGAACUGAUGAUUCAAUGCGAGAACAUAGAUAUGAGAGGUUCUCAUCGCGGCGUGGCUGCCUAAAUCAUUGGUGGGAAAAAGGAGCAGCACUGUUACCUGGAAUGCUUGUGGGUGGUUUGCUUUGUGCUCUGGCUGUGGCUACUUGGUGGGCUGUGGCUGGGGCACUUGGUGGCAGAUGGGGUGAUGAUCAUUACAGAAAACUAUGGGAGCGAGUUCACCCUGAAGAAGUAAAAAAACCGCUUACACCAAUGACAUUAGAAAAGCCCGUGAUCACCGAAUACCGUUACCACGAUCACAACAACUUAAGCACCAAGAACCGAAGCAAUGCGACAGAUAACAAGAAGAAAGACGUAAAGAAAGGUUUCCUGGUACAUUCACCAGAGGUGAUGAAGGAACUUUGUGCACGAAUUGUUGAUGAUGAGAUGCGAUUCGACUGCCAUCCGCAGAACGGGGCGAAUGAGGAAGAAUGUGACAAACGAGGUUGUUGUUGGAAAGCCACAGACGACCCAUAUGCGCCAUAUUGUUUUUACCCGCCGCAAUAUGAGACAUACCAAUUUAUAAAUAGUACGGAAAAUAAACACGGAAUGACAGUUUACUACUCCCGAUCGUGUGAUACAGGAUAUCCGGAACAAUUUAGUGUUGCCAGGAUCGAUUUUAAUUACUUAUCCAACGAUAUAUUGCAGAUUAAGAUAUCCGAUGCAGAGCAUAAGAGAUUUGAACCACAGUAUCCUGAAGUACCGACAGUCUACAGUUCGAUUUCAGACGUAAAAUAUCGCGUUAAUGUUGAUAGCUCCGCUGUGGGGUUCAAAGUUAUACGGAACGUUGACAAUGUUACCAUAUGGGACGCUCAGAACACAGGUGGAUUCAUAUUAUCGGAUAAAUUCCUACAAUUGUCAGCGUUGCUACCAACUAAUUAUACGUAUGGUAUAGGAGAAAAACAAGCGAGUUUUCUAAACGAUAUGAAUUGGAAAACUCACACCCUCUUCAAUAACGACCAACCGCCUGGUGAAAAUAUUCAUUUGUAUGGAUCUCAUCCCUUCUACUUGGGUCUGGAGACGAAUGGAAAGAGCCAUGGCGUUCUGCUACUCAACUCUAAUGCAAUGGAUAUAGUGCUACAACCGACUCCAGCCAUAACCUACAGAGCGAUAGGGGGUGUUCUAGACUUCUAUAUAUUUUUGGGCCCGAGCCCGGAGGAUGUUAUUGCUCAAUAUAUGGAGAUUAUCGGGAAACCAUUCAUGCCGCCGUAUUGGGCUCUCGGGUUUCAUUUGUGCAAGUAUAACUAUGGAUCGCUGAACGUGACUCGAGACGUUUGGCAGAAGAAUAGAGAUGCUGGGAUACCAUUCGAUGUCCAGUGGAAUGACCUGGAUUAUAUGAGUAAAGGCAACGAUUUCACAUACGACACGGAAGCCUUCGCCGGGUUACCGGACUUCGUUAAGACUGUACAUGAAGCUGGCAUGCAUUACGUUAUAUUGAUUGACCCUGGUGUAAGCGCCGCGGAAAAUCCUGGCGAAUAUCCGCCAUUCGAUCUGGGACUGGAAAUGAAUGUUUUCGUGAAAAAUUCAACCGAUAAACCCUUUGUUGGAAAAGUAUGGAACAGAGUGUCCACGGUGUGGCCAGACUUCACACACCCGAACGCCUCCGCGUAUUGGAAAGAACUGAUGUCGGACUUCCAUAGAAAAGUUAACUAUGACGGCGCAUGGAUUGAUAUGAAUGAACCCUCAAAUUUCCUGUCUGGUUCGAUGUAUGGUGAAUGCAGCCCCGAAGACCUGCCUUACAAGCCUCAGAGCAUAGCCGAAGACGGCUUAAAACACAAGACCUUGUGUAUGGACUCGAAGCAUUUCGCCGGAUUGCAUUUCGACGUACACAAUUUGUAUGCGAUCAGUGAAGCAGUGGCUACGCAUGCGGCCUUAAUGGAAAUUCGUGGGAAGCGGCCGUUGACAAUUUCCCGGGGGUCGUCUCCCGGAAUGGGGCAUUACGCGGGACACUGGAGCGGGGACGUCUUCAGCCAAUGGCAUGACCUCAGGGCUUCUAUACCACAACUGCUAAGCUUCAGUCUCUUCGGCGUUCCCCUAAUGGGGUCAGAUAUUUGCGGAUUCAUUGGGGACACGACGCCGGAGCUCUGCAAGAGAUGGAUGCAGCUGGGCGCCUUUUAUCCUUUCUCCAGGAACCAUAAUAGUGAUACGUCGAAGCCCCAAGACCCAGUGAGCUUGGGACCAAUUGUGGUAGAAGCCAGCAAACGCGCGCUUCGCAUGAGAUAUCGACUCCUUCCAUACUAUUACACGUUGUUCUGGCGAGCCCAUACCGAUGCUACCACCGUGGCCAGACCUUUGUUCUUUGAAUUUCCAAACGAUAAGAGAGUUUACAAUAUUGAUACUCAAUUUAUGAUCGGCGAAGAUGUUAUGAUAACCGCCAUUUUGGAAGAGGGGGCAAACACAACGAACGCGUUUUAUCCAGGUCCGAACCCGUGGUACGAUCUUAAUACAGGAAAGCAGUUGGCACUGAACUCGUGGAAGACUAUUAGUGAUGCGGAAAUGGUCGCUGUGAAGGGUGGCGCUAUUCUUGCAUUACAAGAUCCGCCAGCUAAAGGUCCCGUAAAUACUGGUAACACUCGCAGCUUGCCGAUACAGUUACUUCUCGUUCCCGAUGCGGCCGGGGUUGCCAGGGGCGAAUUAUACUGGGACGACGGGGAUAGCCUGAACAGCUACGAAGAAGAGAAAUACAGCCAUUUAAUAUUCAAGCUACGGGAAAACGAAUUGAGCAGCUUUAUCCAAUGGUGGGGGUAUGGGGUACCCGCCAUCGAUACCAUCACAGUUCUGGGUCAAAAUCUCAUCGAAACCGUGACAGUCAACAACGCCUCGACCAGCUUCACGUACGACAAACCCAGGAAGGUGUUGAAGAUCAACGUUAGUAUCAAUUUGGAUAAGCCUUUCGCGGUUAAAUGGACGAAUAAAGUCAUGCAAAAGAUAUAAAAUUAUUAAGAUUUAUUGAAAUGUUAUUAAGCUGUCAAUAUUACCGAAAUAGAUUAGUGGAUAUCUCAAAAACUAUUUAACCAAUUUUAAUGAGAGUUUAACUGUUCUGUUCUUAUUACCGAUACCGAUAUUCGUAUAGAAAUAUCGCCGAUACCGAUACCGAUACUAACGCUUAUUGAAUUGAAAUUAAAUGAAGAUAAACUGUAUCAAGUUCGGUUAAAGUUUUUAACACAUUAAUAAUUAAAAUUAACAUUGAUAAGAUUUUUGUAAUUUUGUAUUUUUUAUUUGGUUUAAAAAUAACUACGCCUGAUAGCAGUUAAAAGCUAGUGUCUAACAAAAUGCCGUGCCUCGUUUGCAAUGCACCAGAUCAAACAGGUUUACAUUACUUUUAUAAAGCACGGCAUUUGUAAAGUGUGUUUGUUUGUUACGGCAAUAACAAUAUCCCGAUACCGGUAUAUCCGCUAACGGUAUCGGUAUCGGAUGAAUCCCAACUAAUUCUAAUGAAUGUGUGACCCAUAUACACGUUGAUGAACGUCUUUAUUGGAACUUAAAAAGUAUUCGAAUAUUAUAUAUAAAUAAUUUUGAAAAAAAUUUGGGUGUCUAAAUGUGGUCAUAAAAUAUAUUUUCAACAGGAAUAGAAUCCAAACCAAAUUACGAUUCAUACAUAUUCGUGCCAAUUUUUAGUAAAUGUUUACGGGAUACGGUUAGUUUUAACUGGACGCCGUUAAUUUUUCAUUUGCUGUGAUUUUAAUAAAAAUGGAAGUGUUUGUUCAGAUAUUUUUUAUCUAGAUAUAAUUUUAGAUUGAGAAAGUAUGUUAAUAUGAAAUAUAUAGCAACACUGUUGGAUAAAUGUCAAAUUUAUAUUAGAUCCAUUUUUUAUAUAAAAAAUUUAAAGAUUUACUCAAAAGUUUAUUUGUACAAAUAUAGUGAUCUCGAUGUAUAAAAUGAGUUAAAUUUCUAGUCGGUAAGAUGAGUAGUUCAAAGUAGAACCGUUUUUACAGUGCUCUUGUCGAUAUUUAAAUUAUAUAUUGUUUAUUAAUUACAGAUAUUGUGGAUUUAAAUAAAUUAUUAUCAUAAAAACUGGAUAUUUUUUAAGUUAACUAAUCAAGUCACCGAGUAAAUGUCGGUUUGCGUUGCGAUUUUGGUACUAUAUACUUCUAGAAAUAUCUACGAUUCGUAUUAAUUACGACCGGUUUCCGAACGGAAUCCAUUUCGGAGUUUAGUAUAGUUUUUUCUCUCGCUAGAGGGCAGAGAUACAUACUUCAUGAAAAGUUACGUUCAACCAAAGUUAUGGAAUGGAAUUGCCUAAUUUUACGAUGAUUGAAGUUGGUUUCGUCUUGGUUAAAGAAUCUUCGAUAAUUCAAAGCACCAUAAAUAUUAAAGUAGCCAUGAUGAGCGCCAACUUUCGAAAGGACAGAUCAGUUGCAACGCAAACCUUUUUUUCAUUAAUUAUUUCAUUAAUUUAACAAUGUCUUCCUUGUGUUCCUUAAUAUUUGUGUACAUUUAUUAUAACUCUUAGUGAAUAUAGUUCGAAUAUUAAUCUUAAAAUAGGGAAUAUUUAGAAAUAAUAUAUUGAGUGUUCACCGCGUGUUGCCAUCUUCUAACAUUUUUCUAACGUAUAUUCAUUUAUUGGAUGUAGAACUUUUAUUCACGAUUUAAAACGAAGUAAUUCCAAGGAUUUGUCUGUCAUUUCUAACCUGUUUUAUUAUAUUAGUGGUAUAUAUACGACUUUGGGAAGGGGUUGUUUAGGUAUUUAUGUAAAUUUUAAAUACCGAUUAUAUAGCGUCAGCGCCACCUCUAUAUGUUCAGAAACGAGAAUUAGCGCGAACUGUGUCUCCCGUGUCAAAAUAAAUACAUUUCAUUAACAUACGACAGUCACACUCCGCGCUUUUUUGUAAAGUUCUCUUAAGAAAAAAACUAAAAACACGAAUUUGAACUUAACACUGAACAGCACUCAAGACCGCCAAACUGAGAAUUGACAAAUAAAAUUUGUCAAAAAAAUACCACAGGCUUACACUUGACAGACCGUAUACAUACUUUUCUUGAAUCGACUUAUUUAUAUAAAAUUAAUCGUAUAUAAAAGUUCUACUAUUAAAAACUACUCAAUUUUCGUUCAUAUUUGAAAUAUUAGUUAUAUUAAAUUUUUAUACAUAUUUUAGUCUAGAAAUUUUCUAAUUCAAUUUUAUAUUUUUAUAUGUAAAAUUAAUUGUUAACGCUUAUUUGCAACGGAGCAGGUUUUGUCAUUUUGUGAUGUAGUUUUAUGUUGAUAUAAUUUUUUACUGUGCACUAAUAAAGUUAUAUUCGUCAA